AGUUGUGCCGUGGGGCGGAGGGAAGUCUGAAAUCACCUGAGGCCUACGUUUCACAUCGGAGCCUUGUCAAGCUGGAGAGGGGGCGCAGAGAGGAUUUACAAGGAUGUUCAUAAGCCUCCAGGUGAGUGGAUUGGGUUGAGGUUCCAAUGCUUCCUUUGGCCAGAGCCUCCACCAUUUUACUGCUAUGUGGCCUUGUCCACAACGCCCCACCCCCACUGGGCAUGUCCCAGACCACCCUCAACCACAGCUACACGCCAUCACCAUGGCGACUGGAGAUACAGGCUUCGUUAGGCCCUGGUCAGGGCAGCUCUGAGCCCAGUGACGGCUCCAACACCACAGUCUCCCCCACCGUGACCGGGAGCGAGGGAGGGGAGAGACACAGCGGUCCGGCGGGGGAAACGGCAACGGCGGGCGCGGAGGUGACUGACACCUCGCGGACGGAGGCACUGACCACCGAGCCCUGGGCCGGCACGGACCCGACCUCGACCGUGGUCACCACCGCCCUCUCUGGCCUCACAUCCACACGGGCAGUGGAGACGCACGGCCACGCCUCAUCCCAGAUGGACACGUCCGGAGCAGGAAACAACAGCUCGGCAAUCCUGGUCAGCAAAGCAGAGCGGCAACACUUGAAGGCGGACAAGGGGGCAUCACAAAGCGGCACCCUGGGGGUGUUCAUCGGUCUGGCCGUGGUCCUGACCCUGGUGCUGGGCCUGGUCUACCUCAUCUACAGCAAGACCCACAAAGAUGACCCUUUCUCCCACCAGCGCCUCUACACUACUGACCCAGUGCUCAGCCUGGAUGUGUCGGUGGAACCAGCCGAUCGAUUCUACGGUGGUCUGGGCCCUGCGCUGGUCACUGAUGGGCAGGGAGCCCCCCACAGACCGACACACGGGGCCCUGGCUGUCCCUGACCCCCCCUCUAAAGCCGAGAUCCAGCUGAAGCCAAUAUCGGAGAGCUCCGUGAAACUCUACCUCUGAAGGCCCCUCCCCCAACUCUGUCAGUUACAUGCACCUUGCAAAUAAAUAUUAUACUUACCCUCU